CUUGGAACGACCUGGGGUAUCAUUUACUAUACGUGUUCCCCUCCUCAUACAAGGUACGUUAGCAACGUGCCUUACAUUAUCGUGAACUCGGGAUAUUUGGGUGCCGCUUGAUGACACCCCUGGAGCAAGCCGGGUCCGUAGCUUCCCCCACAAACCUGAAACUCGGGCACAGGACUUUAUCGUUCUGGAUUAGGGUAUUUCCGUACAACUGUGACCUCUGUGGCUACUACAUGCGGUGGCACCUGCAUCCUGCUUAUCUGUUACGGCGCUUAGGCUGCCUGAGAUGGCUUUCUAAGGAGUCUUUCGCUGCAAAACGCCAUCUCUUUACGGAUAGUCGCUGUGCGGGGUGCGUCAUAUUGCCGAUCAGUCACCUACAGACUGUAGGAGAAUUGCUGCCCCGCAGUAACCUGCAGCGAGUGAGGGUAAAAUGACACCCAGUUACAUCCGUACUCCACAAUAGGCUCAAAUUAUUCCAGGGUUAUGUUGCUUGGCAUGGGAGGUUCGUGCAGUUCUCCGAAAACCUUAUUAUUUGGGCUCUCUUUGGGGCUGGAAUC